AUGCGCCUCCUCGCUGCCGGGCGAGGCUGCCGUCAUAUUUCGGGCAUAGCAUGCAUUGCUGGCAUUCCAGGGCGCAGCGCUGCGCUCGCCGCGCCCGCCCAGGACAGCCUUCGGAGGCUGGAGGGAGCCCUGCUCAGGCUGCGCUCGGGGACCGAAUCGCGGAGGGUCUCCGGGCAGGAGGCCGACGCCGGGUGA